GACAAGAAGAAUGUGUUUCUUUCAGCUGUUGCUGAAAGAUUCAGAGAUUUCAAAUCCAAGCUAGUAACUGGCUGGAUUACGAAGACCCGUCCCUGUACGACCAAAAAGGUCAAAACGGGAAACGAAGGUGGAAAGCAAGAACCUUCGAAGAUGCCCUACGAAAUAUGGGGUCACAUAUCGAAGAGGGAUUGGGAGGCCUUUGUUACCAAAAGAACAACUCCCAUAGAAGUUAAAAAGUGUGGUAAAGCUUCUGAUUCUGCAAGCAAAAGGAAGUUUUAUCAUCGCUUAGGCCAGAAAAAGUACGAUGAGGUCCGAAAAGAGUGGGUGGAAGCGGGUUUAUACCCCAAUCAAAGUUCAUCCACGCCCUCAUCUACGACUAACUCCGCAUAUGUGAAUACUCUUGCUGGAGAUCGGGUGCGUGAUUGGUAUUGCGGGCUUCAUUCCCGAGAUGCAAGUGGUAAAUUUACCAUUAAUGAUCCAGGAACGAAGAAGAUUGCUGAUGCUGUGGAUCCCGAUUCUAACAAGCUUGGUGGCAAGACGUUCUGUUCAGAGUUAGAGUUCGCUACUUUACAAUUCUUCAUCAAUGGCGCAAUAUUAUCAGAACAAGAAGCAUUAUUAGCUAUUAAAUCUGCCAUUAAAGAUGAUCCUUUUAAAAGACUAUCAUCUUGGAAAAACACUACUCACCAUUGCAAUUGGUCGUUCGUCACUUGCUCUUCGUCUUCUCACUCUCCCACUAUCGUUUCCCUAGACUUCUCCUACUUAUAUCUCAAUGGUACUCUCUCUCCUCAAAUCGGUUUUCUUACAAACCUGCAAAACCUAUCUCUCCAAGAUAACUAUUUUUAUGGGAAUGUCCCGUCUUCUCUUCCUCUCCUUACAAAACUCCAAUAUCUCGACCUUAGCAAUAACAGCUUUAGUGGUCCACUCCCUUUAUUUGUUAAUAUGUCGGAGCUUCGGUGCCUUUACCUUCGUCAGAACGACUUUUCUAGUACAAUAUCGCCAGAGUUUAGUAAACUUCAAAAGCUUCAAGUUUUGGAUCUUUCUUUCAACAAUUUUUCGGGAUUACUUCCUUUUGAAUUAGGAUUCUUAAAGAGGUUGAAAAGUUUAGACUUAUCAAUUAAUCAAUUACAUGGUGAGAUACCAAAUUCUUUUUCUCUUCUUACAAAUUUGAUUGAUUUGGAUUUAUCAUAUAAUCAAUUACAUGGUGAGAUACCAAAUUCUUUUUCUCUUCUUACAAAUUUGAUUUAUUUGGAUUUAUCACAUAAUCAAUUACAUGGUGAAAUACCAAAUUCUUUUUCUCUUCUUACAAAUUUGAUUCAUUUGUGUUUAUCAAAUAAUCAAUUACAUGGUGAGAUACCAAAUUCUUUUUCUUUUCUUACAAAUUUGAGUUAUUUGUAUUUAUCAAUUAAUCAAUUACAUGGUGAGAUACCAAAUUCUUUUUCUCUUCUUACAAAUUUGAGUGUUUUGGAUUUAUCAUAUAAUCAACUCACGGGUCAGUUACCUGUCAACAUUGGAAAGCUUACGAGUCUUUUUUAUUUGUCGGUUGCCAACAAUAACUUGAUUGGAAAAAUCACACCACAGAUUACAGGAUACAAUAUCACGAAUUUUAAAAACUUGUCUAUCUGCAACUUGGUUUAUCUUGGAAUCCUUGAUUUAUCUUAUAACAAGUUUAAUGGAGAAGUUCCUCAUUGCUUGGGCAAUACUAGUACUCAAUUAGCUGUACUGAAUCUCCAAUCAAAUAAUUUCAAGGGCAUCAUUCCAUCAGCAUUAUUUUCUACUUGUGAUUUAUUGGAAUAUGUAGAUUUCACUGACAAUCAGUUAGAAGGAGCUAUACCUCGGUCUUUAUCUAAAUGUAGAAACCUGAGAGUCCUAAAUUUGAGGAACAACAAAUUCAAAGAUCUAUUUCCAUACUGGUUAGGUAGCCUUCCAUCUUUAGAGGUUCUCAGCCUAUCGUUUAAUAAAUUUCAUGGUGAUAUAACCAAUAAUUUAUCAAUAAUUGCAACAUUUCCUUUUUCAAAUCUACAAAUUCUCGACCUUUCAAACAAUAAUUUUUGUGGUAAAUUGCCAUUCAUGUACAUGAAACAAUUUCGUUCCAUGAUGGACGACAUGUCUACUAUAGGAAGUCCAAGGUACUUAGAAAAUAGUAGAGAUGGUGAUUAUAUGUUCUCCAUCAAGAUGACAAUAAAGGGGGUGGAACUGGAUUAUAGGAAGAUAAUUACUUCUAUGUCAACAUUUGAUAUGUCUAAUAAUCACUUUGAAGGAGAGAUUCCAAAUUCUAUAGGGAUGUUGCGAGCACUUCGAAAUCUUAAUCUCUCGCAUAACCUCCUUACCGGAAACAUCCCUUCCUCCAUCGGGAACUUAUCAUUGUUGGAUGGUUUAGAUCUAUCAUCAAAUAGGCUUAUCGGUGAAAUCCCUCAAGAACUUGUUAGUUUAACAUUUCUCGGGGUUUUUAGUGUUUCAUAUAAUCAACUGGAAGGGCCUAUACCCCAUGGUAACAAUUUUGAUACCUUCUCAUCUGAUUCGUACGAGGGAAAUCUUGAAUUGUGUGGAGUACCAUUACUUGAGUGCAAAAACAAUACUGUUGUGCAAUCUUUGAACAAUGAUAAUGUGGAAGAAAAAACAGAAUUAUCGAUGUGGGAAGUUGUAGUGAUUGGAUUUGGAAGUGGUACAAUAGUUGGUUUGGCUUGGGGGUACUACAUAUUGUUAGUGGGGAAGCCUUUAUGGCUUUUUAAAUUGUUGAACAAGAUGGAAUGGGCUUUACUUCAUUUUCAUGACCACCAUUUCAGUAGAAGAAGUAGAACAAGAAGAACAAAGAACUAAAAGUGAUCAUCUAUCUGAGAAACAUUUCAUUUGUAGUAAGAAGUAGAGUAUGAUGGAAUGAGCCUUUUGGGGCUUUACUUGAAUUGUAGCAUUUUCUUUUUCUUUUCACUGUAUUUUAUUCAUAAUUAUAUUUUGUGAUAAUAACAUUUCUUUUCUAUAAAAAAAUAUAAAU